GGGCCCGGUCAAGUCAUGGUCUUAUACUCUCGUAGCGAAACCCUAAUAAGGGGUGGGAGAAGACUCUUUCGAGAGAGGCGCCGCGCUGAAGCUAUCCCCUCUCAGGUUACAAAGGGAAAGCCAUGGCGGUACCGUUGUUGUCGAAGAAAAUCGUGAAGAAACGUGUUAAGAAGUUCAAGAGGCCGCAGAGCGACCGCAAGAUCGCUGUCAAGCCAAAUUGGCGUAGGCCGAAGGGUAUUGAUUCUCGUGUCAGAAGAAAGUUUAAGGGAUGCACCUUGAUGCCCAAUAUUGGUUAUGGGUCAGACAAGAAGACUCGCCAUUAUCUUCCAAAUGGGUUCAAGAAAUUUGUGGUGCACAAUGUGAAGGAGCUUGAACUUUUAAUGAUGCACAAUAGGACUUACUGUGCGGAGAUUGCACAUGAUGUGUCGACAAAGAAAAGAAAGGAGAUUGUUGAGCGAGCUGCUCAGCUUGAUGUUGUUGUUACAAACAAGCUUGCCAGGUUGCGCAGCCAGGAGGACGAGUGAGGAUGAUCAUGUUUUUCGUUUUACGGAUUUUAGUUUUAACUUUUUUUCUUUUUGCUUCCAAGUUUUAAUUACCUGCAAGGACUAAGGAGUAGCUGCCCCUGUUACUAGAGUUUGCACCAAGUUGAAGCACAAUUUGUUAUUUCAGUCUUUGAUCAAGUAGAUUGAGAAAUCAAACACAAUGGUUUAUCCUCAACAACUGAAUUACUUCUGACUGGUUAGAUGCUUCCAUUA